UUGAUUUUCCUUUGCAGUAUCAAAUUCAUUGAUAGCUUCAGAAACGCUGAGGCAAGUGCCUCAUCUGCACCGGGAUUGCGACGGUCGGCGAGAGAACCAAGGCCGAAGCGAGCAUUAAGUCCCACACCUGUUAGCCCCAAGCGUCGGCCACGCGUGAAAAGACCUAGUUUAGCUACGGAUCACGAUGUGAAGGACCCUGCAGUUGCUGGCUUUUCGACCAAGGUGGCAGCUGAUCGGGUUGGAGCUGGCACACCACAUUCAUCGUAUGACAUGGAGAACGAUCUUGUAGAUAUUCAGCCGUUUGAUUCCGGAGAUAUCAUCAAUGAAGUAUUUGUUACGGCGAAGUUCACCGCGCGGAGAAAUACCGAAGCAUCUGUUGAGGUUGCCGUACUAGAUGCGCCUCCGGCUGUCACUACACAGGCUCGAGGCACUUCUUCAGCUGUUAAACUAGCUCCUAUGAAGAAGGAAACCGCUGAACAACCCAGCAUUAGCUUUGAGACCAGCGAAAAUAACUUUGAUGAUGAUCCCACUGGUGAAAUGGAGCCACCUGUUUUGGAUGGACCAAUAAUCGGUACACCAACUUCUGAUUUCAAACCAGGAGUAGACAUGCCUCCCACUCUCAUGGCAGAUGGUGAAGUGAACAAAGGAACUCCGAAGCCUGUCCACUAUGUAGUUGGCGAGAUCUACCGAGUUCAUACACCAAAUGGUACUGAACAAGAAGUGCAGUUAGCAGUGAUGGACGACGGUCAGUAUUUGUGCGUUUAA